AUGCGUGGAUAUGAAUCUGGUUCUCAAUUGGAAAAAUGUCACUUUAUGGUGAAGGAAGGUAUCGUUCUCGGGCACAAGGUGUCACAAAAGGAGCUAGAGAUUGACAAGGAGAAAAUUGAGUUCAUUAAGAAAUUACCCCCACCAAUUUCAGUGAAGGGUGUUCGCAGCUUCUUAGGUCGUGCAGGUUUCUACCGAAGGUUUGUUAAAGACUUCUCAAAGAUUGCACAUCCACUAUGCAAACUCUUCGAGAAGGAAGUAAAAUUCCAUUUUGAUGAUGCUUGUAUGAUCGCAUUUAAGUGCUUGAAGGAAAAAUUAGUAUCUACCCCAAUUAUCGCCUAUCCUAAUUGGUCUGUCUGA